AUGCCAACUAUCCUACGGGCAGAUGGAAAAGCCGACCGAGUGAAACCUUAUCGUCCUGUGCGUAAAAAUGAUGUAUUUGUUGUACAUGCAGCAAUGCGUGCUGUUGAAUUUAAAGUUAUUGAAACGGAUCCAGCUCCAUAUUGUAUUGUUGCACCUGAUACUGUCAUCUAUUGUGAAGGUGAUCCAAUUAAACGUGAAGAAGAAGAAGCAUCAUUAAAUGAAAUUGGU